AGUGCCUUCUGUCAUAUCUCAAGAGUUUCAGAAGGCUUGGAAGUCACAACGGAAGGUGACUGUACUAUGCUUGUGAGCUACACAAUAUGUACAAAGUACCAUUUUCUUACUAGUACCAAGUCAGGACUUCUUGCUACCACUGCUGCUUUGAUGGUGAUGCAGUUCUAAAAGAAAUCCUAGGAACAGUCCAGCAAAAAUGGGUGAGGUAAAUAAAGAUGCUGUCGAAAAAUACUUGGAGAACAACCCCCAGUUUGCCAAGGAGUAUUUCGACCGAAAAAUGAGGGCAGAAGUGCUGGGAAGUAUCUUUAACGUGAGCCCUGGAGAUGUGAAGGAAGGAGUCAGCUUCAAAGACAUGUCCCGUCUGGAGGAGUGUAACAUACUUUUUGAGCUGCUAACAGAAAUCCAGGAUGAAGGAGGCACUAUGGAAAAGAUAGUGCACAAGGCCCUGCAGAGGCUGGCACAGCUGUUGGCAGCUGAUCGGUGUAGUAUGUUUGUUUGUCGUUCCCGAAAUGGUAUUCCAGAGGUAGCCACCAGGCUUCUCAAUGUCACUCCAACUUCCAGCUUUGAGGAGAAUUUGGUGACACCAGACAAUGAGACUGUUUUUCCUCUGGACAUCGGGAUAGCGGGAUGGGUUGCUCAUACCAAGAAGUUUUUUAAUAUACCUGAUGUGAAAAAGAACACCCAUUUUUCUGACUUUUUGGACAAAAGAACUGGUUAUACAACAAUCAAUAUGUUGGCAACCCCAAUUAUGCAGGGUAAAGAGGUGCUUGCUGUUGUGAUGGCACUCAACAAAUUAAGCGCCACUGAGUUCUCAAAAGAGGAUGAAGAGGUCUUUAAAAAAUACCUCAAUUUUGUAUCUUUGGUCCUAAAAAAUCAUCAUACGACGUAUCUCUACAAUAUUGAAUCCCGAAGAAGUCAGAUGCUUUUGUGGUCUGCCAACAAAGUAUUUGAAGAGCUAACAGAUAUAGAACGGCAGUUUCACAAAGCACUGUAUACUAUUCGAAUGUAUUUGAACUGUGAAAGAUACUCUGUUGGUCUGCUGGACAUGACUAAAGAAAAG